AACUCAUAUAAUUAAUGAAAAACCUUCUUUCGUAGAGGACGCACCACCUACUGUUGCUAGCACAUCUAGUACAUCGACACAAGGCAGAGAUGCCAUGAUUGUUGAAAAUGUUCCUCCUCUACAAAAGGAAGAAUCUAUAUCCAGUGGCUUCGGAAACCUUCAGUUAGGCCAUAAAAUCUGGAUCAAGUAUGGCGACAGCCGACCUGUUAGACUUACCUUCGACGGAGAGAUUGUAGACGAUUUGAUUAGAGCGAUCAAAAAGGAAUUGUCACCCGAUUUGGAUGAUGUGGCCCUUAACCGCAUUACUCUAAGAAAACACGGUGAAGAUGUUGACUUGCGUGCGGAUUUAACUGUCGAUGAAAGUUUUGUAAAUACUUAUGAUACUCCUAUACAAGUCAUUGUAAAUGCAUCUGUGACGUCAAAGCGUAAACAUGAAGAAUCAGAAGAUUUAGGUGUGAUCGUAGAAAAUGCAGUAGAGAAUGCAUUAACACGUCAAAAACCUGCUGAGAUAAUCAAAGCAUCAAGUCUUUCGGAAAAUAAAGCAAGAAAUAUAAUUGAUUGUUACGGAUUAAAAUCUUUAAAACCAUUCGUAUGGGACAUGGAAAUUAAUGAAGAUCGCCAAAUUUCCGAAGUGGUGGAAUGGUUUAAGAAUGCAUUGAAUCUACCAGAUGGUUUUCACGUAAAGGAUGACCAUAAAUCAAAUUAUCAACGACAUUUACAAAGUGCCAAUGUCAUUUUAACGGGUUGUGCCGAUAUUUCUAUUGGACCAAGUGAUACCUCCUGUAUUUGGAUUGAAACUAAGAAAAAGGAGGAAAAUUUUAAAAAGGGUGAAACUAUCGCAGAAUUAUUAAUAAUGGAUAAUGAGUGCGCUCCAAACCCUAUGUCUUAUGCUUUGGCAAUAAUUAAACAGUUCGUACUUGAUGAAGGGAAACCUGUUCUUGAGGUAAUUGGAAGAAUUUUUACAUAUCAAACAAAUUUAACCGAACCACUGAAAAAGAAAACAAAGUUUCUUGCACCUAUACCCGAAGAGGUUGGUGAAAAAAUGGCCGACAUAAUCAAUGAUAUGACGGAAAAAGAAUUACUUAACAUGUCAAUGCGAAAUAGAUUAAAAUUAGUAAAAAGUAUUGUUAGAAUAGAUGAACAACCAAUCAUAGAUAAUUAUAUAAGGCAGUUCAGUGAUGAUUAUGAAAUCCACCACUGA